AGUAAGAACAUAACCAAAUAUCAUUUUUCAUCUAUUUCUUUACGAGUUAAAUCAAGUGCACUUGUUUUCUAAUUUUUGAAAGCAUCUGACAAAUAGAAAAAUGCCUGAUCAUUUGGGUGAUGAUAUGCGAAAAAUAAAAAAUGAAGAGGGAAAAGAAGAGAAGGAAAUAAAAUCUCUGGAUGAUGGAGAUAUUGCUCUACUUAAAACUUAUGGUCAAGGACAAUAUACAAAAAGUAUUAAAGGUGUUGAAGAUGAUAUACAAACAAUAAUUAAACGUGUUAAUGAAUUGACUGGAAUCAAAGAAUCCGAUACCGGUCUUGCACCACCUGCUUUGUGGGAUUUAGCUGCAGAUAAACAAACUUUACAAAAUGAACAGCCAUUACAAGUUGCACGUUGCACUAAAAUAAUUAAUAUAAUUUUAGAUGAUCCUAAAUACAUUAUAAAUGUUAAACAGUUUGCAAAGUUUGUAGUUGACUUAGCAGAUUCAGUUGCUCCAACUGACAUUGAAGAAGGUAUGCGAGUAGGAGUAGAUCGUAAUAAAUAUCAAAUUCACAUACCUCUCCCACCAAAAAUUGAUCCAACUGUGACAAUGAUGCAAGUUGAAGAAAAACCUGAUGUCACAUAUAGUGAUGUAGGUGGCUGCAAAGAACAAAUUGAAAAAUUGAGAGAAGUUGUUGAAACCCCUUUACUUCAUCCAGAAAAAUUUGUUAAUUUGGGAAUUGAGCCACCUAAAGGAGUAUUAUUGUUUGGACCACCAGGUACAGGAAAAACUUUAUGUGCUAGAGCUGUAGCUAAUAGAACAGAUGCUUGUUUUAUUCGUGUUAUUGGUUCAGAAUUAGUUCAAAAAUAUGUUGGUGAGGGUGCCCGUAUGGUAAGAGAAUUAUUUGAAAUGGCACGUAGUAAAAAAGCAUGUUUGAUAUUUUUUGAUGAAAUUGAUGCCAUUGGUGGAGCUCGAUUCGAUGAUGGUGCUGGAGGUGAUAAUGAAGUGCAGCGUACUAUGCUUGAACUUAUUAAUCAAUUAGAUGGUUUUGACCCACGAGGUAAUAUUAAAGUAUUAAUGGCAACGAACAGACCAGAUACAUUAGAUCCAGCAUUAAUGAGACCAGGACGUUUAGAUAGAAAAGUAGAAUUCGGAUUGCCAGACUUAGAAGGACGUACACAUAUCUUUAAAAUUCAUGCACGUUCAAUGAGUGUUGAAAGAGACAUUAGAUUUGAACUUCUUGCGCGUUUAUGCCCCAAUAGUACUGGAGCUGAGAUUCGUUCUGUUUGUACAGAAGCUGGUAUGUUUGCGAUUCGUGCACGUCGUAAAGUAGCUACAGAAAAAGACUUUUUGGAAGCUGUAAACAAAGUAAUUAAGUCAUAUGCUAAAUUUUCUGCAACUCCGAAAUAUAUGACAUAUAAUUAAAUUUUUGGUCAACUAUCCUUGUUUGUUUUGAACUAUUUAUAUGAAUACAAUAACAUUGUAUUGAUAAUUAUAAUAUACAAAUUAAUUCUGAAUUAUAAAAUACACAA